CUGCCAUCUGUCGGCAGGUGGCAGUAACUGACCGUUAGCCAGGAGUUUGCAGGUGAACUAGCCUCACUACUGAACGCUUGCUAACUUAUCUGCUGCCGUAAGAUAACCAAAUAAUGAUGCGCCAAAACUAUGCCCCGUUCAACCCUUCAGUCCCAACUCAAAGACCAGCAGCUCCUCCUGUAGCCAAACCGCAGCACCCUGGAAGAAUACCCCGUGACUUCAAAGAAGCUAUGCUGCACAUCCCAGUGAAGACAGCAGGCAAUGUAAACACCGGGGCAGCAGCCAAGUCAAGAGAAGACAAGAAACGUGCAGAGAAAUCUGCUGCUGCAAAAUGGAAGUCUUCAUUCAAACCAUUAGGUGACGAAGAUGACUCUCCGGAGCCAAGCACUGGCAAAUCAGACGGGUUUGAGAUUUAUGAUCCUUACGAUCCCCUCUCAUCAGACUCUGAGGAAGAGAUGCCACAGGCUGAAGACCUCAACCACUGCCCGCCCGAUCAGGAGAAUAUCCCAGGACAUCAGCGUUUGUCUCAGAGUGACGGCGGCCGUAAAAAAAGCCUCUGGGAUGUGCCACCUGGCCAACUUCUUGAAAGGCGUGAAACCAAACCCUCCGAGAGUCGAAGUCUCAGUCCUGGUCACAGGCUGCCUGAACGACAGGCUUAUAGAACAGACACUGAAUUACUUGACCGGCCGGGUUACGACUCCAUAAGCGCACCUCUGGACCACAGGGCGUGCAGCUCUGACAGGCUUAUUCCCAGCUCCUCCACACAGCGCUUUCCUGAUUCAUAUGGAGGACAGAGGACAGACGAGGAGGAGGAGGAGAGAAUAAUAAUCCCAGAAUACAGGAAAGAGGUUUCAUCAAUGACCACUACUGUUAGAUUAUCCCCACCCAGGAUACAGCAGGACUAUCAACAUCAGAUGGAAUACAUGGAAAAAGGACUGGACGAAAUCACACCUUCCACCGAUGUGCCAGUAAACAGGAGUUCAAAAGUAAUCUUGGACAAGAACCCCAUCACCUGUGACCUUUGUGAUGUUGAGUUAUCUAGCAGUCGGGAACUGGAGGAUCACUUGGACUGCAAGAGUCACUGGGACACCCUGGAGUACAUCCAGCAGCAGAAUAACUACGAUGAUCUGGCUAUAGCCUUUUUACAGGAAGUUAUGAUGUAUAAAAGCCAACGCUGCAGCAGAGUCAUAGAGGACAGUGCACUUCAAGCUCUGCAGGAAAAUGACUACAUGACUAAGGUUGAAAUGUUCCACUGCGUGGCUUGCAGUGUCUUCGUAUCCACAUCUGCAUCUUCAGUUCACGCUCACAUUACCUCCCAGGAACACCUCUCAAACACAAAGGAGUUCCAAGUGCAGCAGAGACGUCCUUGCCUUGAAACAGCAGAUGCUAUAAUGAAGGAGCUGAAAGCUGAGUUUGAACACUUCCUGAAGGGUGGCAAGCCGUUUGAAUAAUGAAAAUCAUCUGACAGGCUGUUUCAAAUGAGGAACUAUGAACUUUAAAUCACAACCACAACCGCAAUCACAACCACACUUAACUGCUGUGGCACCAUUCUUGUACAAUAUAUUGCCUAGAGAGCAUACUGUUGGUGUCAUCUUGAAUCAAGGUUUGUUCACACAAUAUGGAUUUUCUUGCAUCUUUGUUCACACAUGGUUUUUCAUCACAUAUUGUCCAUAUUAACGUUAGAUACAGUACUCCCACGUCAGGAUCAAUUGGCCACAUAAAGAAGAUAGUGUUAUUUUAUAGAUUUACAAAUUCAAUGGUUUCUAUAAUUUGUGUGGGGGGGAAAUGAUUGGAAAAAGUCAACCUGUUUCUUGUUUUUUUUUAUUUAGAACAACACAAAUGUUUUAAGCAUUGUAUCUGUGUGAUAUAGUACAUUUAAAAUUAAAUUAUUUCAAAACAGUAUAUUUAAACAUUAAAUAUAGGUGACAUGUCUGAAGGGCGUUGUCAGCACUGGCUGUGCCUGUUAGGUCUUUUUUCUUAACCACCUUCAGUUUUAAUUUUGUAUUUGUGUUAGAAACAAUGCAGUUACUGAAAUACUAUAAAACACUUUCUAUGCAUAACAAGUUUGCAGACAUUUUUCUUUUAGUUCUCGUAUAGGAGCUCACUUCUCCACCUGCGAUUUCCUGGAAAUGUUUAUCAUGAGCUUGUGAGGUGAAUGUCAUUUUCAGUCAGAAUAUUCAUCUCACUAACUCUGUGGCCUGAAAACAGAGACUGUGGGCUUGGAUUUGAACAUGUUGCAAUACAAAAGAAACAUGGAUUUAUGCAUCUUUUAAAUAUGGAUAUUGAUACAGAAGAGAGGUGCUCCCAAAUUUUGACAAAAACGGACUGAAACCAUGAGAAAUCUGAGGUAAAAGUUGUCUUCAUUAGAAAUGGAUUCCACACUACAUUACUGCAUAAAACAAGAAAAACAGUCUGUCCAUUUGGAAUUGUAUUUCCAAAGAAUGGACCAUGUUAAAACAGAAAAAAGGUAACAAUA